AUGGACCGCCUCGCCUACGGCCUCGCCGCGGCGACCAUCUCCGACCCCGCGGACCAGGGCGCCGCGGCCGCCGGAGGCGGGCCCAGCGCCGAUUACCUCCUCAGCAUCAUGCGCUCCGUCGAGGGCGCCGACGCCACCAUCCACAGCCAGAUGGAAGAGAAUAACCGCCUCAAGGAGGAGCUGUUGCGAAAAACACAACAGCUAGAGAGGAUUAGGGAAGAUGCUACAUCCCAAAGUUCUUCAAGUGGAGUAGGCCAAGAUCGCAAUUCUGUUGCUAAUAAAAUGGAUGGCGCAAAGUCAUUUGACAACGGCUCUUCAAUAAAUCCCCAAAUUAGCUCAAUUUAUCCUCAAAAUGGAAGUUUUGGAAGUAGAGAGCAUCUGAUUCAGGAAAGCAUGAAACAGAAGUACGUUGACAGUCCCCAGGCUAACGGAGCUUUUAAAAGGUCAUUAGGAGAACAGACUCCUGUUGACAAUGGUGGCCCCUCACAGUUUUCCACUCCCUCAUCUCGGUCCCUUUCUCCAAAUAGGAACAGAAAAGAUGGGGAGUAUGAAUCUAGGUUACUGACAGUUUCAGGGAUCAAUUCAAAUAUAUCCUGGAAGCAGGACCUUAUUGUUAAGGUCAAAGAAGGCGAAGAAGAGAUUAAACAAUUAAAGAAGCAUCUUGCUGACUACACUGUGAAGGAAGCCCAAAUACUCACUGAUAAAUAUAUGUUGGAAAAACGGAUUGCCUAUAUGCGUUUGGCAUUUGAUCAGCAGCAGCAAGAUUUAGUUGAUGCAGCAUCAAAAGCUUUGUCAUACAGGCAAGAUAUUAUUGAGGAAAACAUCCGUCUAACGUAUGCAUUGCAGGCAGCCCAACAAGAAAGAUCAACUUUCAUAGAUUCUUUGCUACCUCUUCUGUCUGAAUACGACAAUCUCCAGCCUUCUGUUUUCGAUGCCCAAUCAAUUGCCGGUAGUCUAAAGGUUUUGUUUAAGCAUAUGCAGGAACAACUUAUUGUUACUGAGGAGAAAUUAAGGGAGUCACAGUACCAAAUUACUCCAUGGCAUACCGAAUUGUCGAAUAGUACCAGCCAUCCUGUACCUACUGAUCCUCCUGCUGGAAAAGUAAUGAGAAAAAACAGCCUUGAUAUUGUUCACCAGACAGCAUAUCCUCAUGUACAAUCGCCAAUGUCUUCCCCAGUUCAAGCUAGAGGUGGUUGGGGUGCAUUUGGUAACAAAAACCAUCAAGUUAUUCCAAGUGAGGUUCCUACAAGAAAUGCUGAACAUGAUGACAUGGGAGGGAACUCUCUUUCAAGCAGAAACCAAUUUAGGACAGACGUUCCUGCUCAAGUAUCUCAAGGUGAUUCUCAUGCUGUCCGUUUUCACGAGACCCCGAGUCAGAACUCACCAUUCAGUAGAAAUGACGUACUGGAUAGUUUAGAGAGUGCUGAAGUUCAAAACACUCAAGAACCUUCUACUCGAUGGGGUCCUGGGGACUCACCAAAUUUGGCAUCUGGCCUUGUGGACGCAAACCCUUCAUAUCCUUAUCUUCCUACAGUCCUUGAGGAGCCUGGUUCUUCUUUCUCUGAGGCUGCAGAUGAUGAUCCAUUGCCAGGUAUAGAAGGGCUUCGAAUCACAGGUGAAGCUUUUCCUGGACGAGAACUUCUAGCAAGUGGGUACCCCAUCAAUGGUACCACCACUUGUAAUUUUGAGUGGGUGCGCCAUUUAGAAGAUGGUUCUGUAAAUUUCAUAGAGGGAGCAAGGCAGCCUAGCUAUGUUGUUACAGCCGAUGAUGUGGACACUUUACUAGCCAUUGAAGUCCAGCCCCUAGAUGAUAGGAAAAGAAAGGCCCUGGCUGCAGUUACAUUAUGCUACUAUGCUAGGAAAGAGGACAACCAUUUAAAGAAAAGAAACAGCUAUCAUGGUAAAAACACGUGUCCAAAGGCACGUGCCCAAAGGUCUGCUGGGCAUUUGUUACCUGCCUUGGUGACAUGACAGAUUAGUAUGUGGAGAUCUGGCAUGAUUGAUCCUUAUACUACAAUGCUGUACUUCUUUCCAAAAAUUUGGGAAUUUGGGGGCUAGAUAUUUGUAUACCAUUUGUAUGAUAGCAAUUCCAGUGCUAUGCUGAUUUCUAAAUUUUGGCAAUAGAAUCCAAUAAUAUCACAAGAAAUGAUCAAAAUAAUUCUAGGAGAUGGGUAUUGGAUGUAGGGACCCUAAUGCAAAAUUUCAUCUCUUACCCCCACCAAUAUGACUAAAGGGCGAAAAUAUCAUGGCAUCUAGCCUUUAAAAAUCAGAGCUGCCUCCCUUUUCUACUUUGUUAGGUCCCAGAUCUGACGGUAGGUCAGUAGGGUGCUCUGACCACUUCUGCCAUUGUAGUCAAUACUGAUACCAUUAUUUUCCUCUCCGUUCACACAUCAGAGCAGAAUGCACAAAUAAUUUCAGACGAAAUCUGAUGUGCAAUUUUCUGGUGAGCAAUGGAUAUACCGUUUACAUUUGGUAUUGUGAAAAAAGAUUUCAUGGGUAUACCCUGUUUCUGAGAAAUAGUACUUAGAAACUAAUCUGGUGUGUUAGCGGAUAAUCUUUAUUUUCGUCAUAACCCAAGGGUUGCAGUGAAAGUUUCCGUUGAUUUACAGAAUCACACUUGCAUUUGAAUAACUGAGUUAUUGGAUUUUCUGGUGAAAGUAAUUUUUUUCUUUAAAGUUUACUCACCAAUAUGUUAUGUCAAAUGAGUUAAGAACCUAAGAUAUGAUGCAAAGUUAAAUGCUUUGUAGAAAUCAGAAAAUUGACUUUCUUCUAUCACUUCUAGUAUUAAUUUUUCUUGAAAUAUUCUAUUUCC